GAAGUAUACGAAGUUAUGAAGCGUGGUGGCAGUGCCCGUAUUGUAGCAUACACAAACAUGAAUGCCGAAAGUUCGCGGUCACAUUCAAUCUUUGUCAUUACCGUCAGUCAAAAGAAUCUCUCUGAUGGUAGCAUAAAAAGUGGUAAACUGUCUCUUGUCGAUUUAGCUGGUUCCGAAAAGGUUGGCAAAACUGGAGCUUCCGGUCAAACGUUAGAAGAGGCCAAAAAGAUUAACAAAUCCCUGUCAGCGUUGGGAAUGGUUAUCAACAAUUUGACAGACGGAAAA